GCUUCCGGCAGGAGAACAAUUCGAAAUAAGCGCUGUUAACAUGGAUGACGACUUUCUCACCCAAGCAUUAUCCAACUUGCCCAGGACUUCCGCUGCAUUUAGCCGAGUGAAGAAUGUGUCUCUGUCCGUUGUGGAUGUGGACCCGACAACCGCUCCCCCUCGAAAAUUCGCACGAACGGAGCAAGAUCACGACACCAAUCGCAAUAAGGGCAAGGGAAGAGCUAGAGCGCAAGAUGAGCUUCCUGGGAAAGGGCUGGAACUGGAAUGCAAGGUCCAAGUGCUUCGUGUCGGAGGCAUGCUACCAACGAGAGCCCUUCCACUGGAAUAUACUAACAGGCUAAGCCCGCUAGUGACUCGAUCAGUACGCGCUAUACUCGACGCAAAAGCGAUGGGUGGGAAUCGCAUCGCACCAUUUGAAGAAUUAUUUCAGGCCGUACGCGUUCUGGUCUCAUUACAGGGCCAUGGCGAAGACCUUUACGGCGAUGUCAAGAUCGCGCUGGAGAAAUGCGUUGAUGCCGAAUUUAGGAAGCUUAUGACUAUGCCCCUAGGUGACAUGAAGUGGCUUUCCCAACUCGUUCAGGUUUGGCAGUGGUACGAAUCAAGGCUUGUUCGUAGGCCAUCACCCGCUAUGUGGAUGGUAGCUCAUCGUGUGUCAUGACAAGAGUAUCCUAAACUCAGUUUUAUUGUAUCUGGACCGUGGUUUCGUGAUAGAGAAUUUGGACAAAUCAUUCAUGCAAGUUCGGCCACUUGGGAGGGAGUUGUGGCGCGAAAAGUUGGUGAGAAUGGUUGGCCCCCAGACGUCGAUCUCGGACGCCAUAUCUGAAUGGGUCACCCAAGAAAGGGAUGCAUCACUGGAGGCUAUGCCGAGUGGAAGCGGAAUG